CUGGGUUCUACCCACUCCAGUUCUAAUGCCUACCCUGAGCACGAACUUAGGGCGUGGGUCUUGGCUUGCCCUCCUCCCACUACCGGUUCAGCACAAGGGAGCCCAGAACCUUGUCUUCUCCAGGCCACGCCAGCUACUGAGGCUCAUGGAAUUGCCACCCGUUCACGGUCAACCCCGAAGCCUUAGUGAGGGAAGGGCAUCUGGACAGAGCGGGGCGUGAGCCUGCAUUGGGCAGGAGUGGACUGGAGCCUGGGUGUGCUGCAGACCUGCUCUGUACUGCGACUGGAAAAUGGGUGAGUUGCCCUUAGAUAUCAACAUCCAGGAACCUCGCUGGGAUCAAAGCACUUUCCUGGGCAGAGCCCGGCACUUCUUCACUGUUACUGACCCUCGAAAUCUGCUGCUAUCCGGGGCACAGCUGGAAGCUUCCCGGAACAUCGUGCACAACUACAGGGCUGGCGUGGUGACUCCAGGGCUCACCGAAGAUCAGCUGUGGAGGGCCAAGUAUGUGUAUGACUCUGCCUUCCAUCCGGACACAGGGGAGAAGGUGGUCCUGAUUGGCCGCAUGUCAGCCCAGGUGCCCAUGAACAUGACCAUCACUGGCUGCAUGCUCACCUUCUACAGGACGACCCCGACCGUGGUGUUCUGGCAGUGGGUGAAUCAGUCCUUCAACGCUGUUGUUAACUACUCCAACCGUAGCGGUGAUGCUCCCAUAACUAUGGGGCAGCUGGGAACAGCUUAUGUGAGUGCCACCACUGGGGCUGUGGCCACGGCCCUGGGACUCAAAUCCCUCACCAAGCAUCUGCCCCCUCUGGUUGGCAGAUUUGUGCCCUUUGCAGCUGUGGCAGCGGCAAACUGCAUCAACAUCCCUCUGAUGAGGCAGAGGGAGCUGCAGGUGGGCAUCCCUGUGACUGACGAGGCAGGUCAGAGGCUUGGCCACUCAGUGACCGCGGCCAAGCAGGGGAUCUUCCAGGUGGUGAUAUCAAGAAUCUGCAUGGCGAUCCCUGCCAUGGCCAUUCCUCCCGUGAUCAUGGACGCUUUGGAGAAGAAAGACUUCCUGAAGCGCCGCCCUUGGCUGGGGGCUCCACUGCAGGUGGGCCUGGUGGGCUUCUGCCUGGUCUUUGCCACCCCUCUGUGCUGUGCCCUGUUCCCCCAGAGAAGCUCCAUACGUGUGAGCAGGCUGGAGCCAGAGCUGAGAGCUCAGAUCCAUCAGCAAAAUCCCAGCGUUGAAGUGGUUUAUUACAACAAGGGGCUCUGAGGGGGAGUCAGCCCCGGCCCCUCCCUCACCUCCUUGGGCCGCUGCAUUAGUGGAGCCCUGCCGUCCUGCCACUUUCUCUUCUGCCUGGUAUUGGGCAGCGGGCUUGGUGGGGAGCAGCCAUUGAGACCAGCAAUCCACGAGGCUGGGGGAGGUACCCCAAUAAGCCUUUUUCUCUCCUCUUUGGUUCCAAAGAGAAGGGUCACAAAGUCCCUUUCUCCUGCGCUGUUUUCAUAUAUGCAUAUGUGAUGUGUGUGUACAUGCUGUCCUGGAAGCCAGGAGAAGACAUGCUGUCCUGGAAUGUCCUGAUAUCUGGCUUCUCCUCUUGGCCUCCUGCCACCUGCCAGCCAGCUAGCCAGGCUAUGGGACUUAGUUCCACUGGCCAAGUCCUAUCUGGCAGCACCUCACCCCUUCUGGACAUAGUAGAAGCCCCGGAGCACAGGACAGACUGAGGGACACUCACAAAUCAAAUGGGGCUGAAUCCUUCAGGUUUCUGCUUCCUGGCUCCCAGCGCUGACACAGGAACUGGGCUGGCAGAGAAAGACAUGCCACGCUAAAGGAAGCAGGGGGCUUAUGGCAUCCUCCACAUCCUGGAAUACAUUUUUUUUUUCGUCUCCUCUUCUCUACUAGAACAAAGGAAUGUCAGUAUUCUGUACGACUCUUGCAAUCUUCCCAUCCACCCCUCCCCUGCAAUGUGGGCAUCUUCAGGCACAAUCCCGGGAGUCUUGGUCCACACGGACAUCAUAACCUCAAAUCUAAACCUACAGUCCCAACCCUCUCCCUCAACCAAAAAGCCACAGAGGCACAGAAGCAUUCCAGUCCUCUUUCAGAGCUCCCCGUCGCACCCUCUUACUGAGGGACACAGCUGUGGGAGCAGUGUUUCAACUCCAUAGGUAUCUGAAUGGAUGGAACUAGUACAUCCUCAAGGACUACUAGGGCCCUGAGUGUAUUAUCUUAAAGGAGGGAAUUUUGUGUUCCUUUGAUCCUUGUUAGACAUUCAGCGGAAUCCCACCUUAGCUCCUUCUCUUUCUUGAGGCGUGGCCCUGCUCCCACCCCCACCCUCACCCCCAUCCUCACCCCAAGAGGAGGGCCCAGGCAUCAAUGGCUGGUCCGAAGCAGAGGUGGGCUUUGGGAUGGAGUGUGUGCUGGUAAACUAAGAGUACAGACUUGGACCUUGACUCCAACUCCCAUGACCUCUGGCUGAAGCGGUGGGGUGAAGCCCCAGCAGGAUCCAUCACGAGCAUUUUCCUGCUCCCCCAACGAACUGCCACUAAUAAUAAAAGCUAUCAAGCCAUUGUUAAUAAACUGAAAACCUGUCUAUUCUUGCUCU